AAAGUCAAGUUCUUUUUUGGUAAAAGGCCCUGCAGAUCAGGACGCACCUCAGCGGCUCAUAAGAAAUUAUAAAACCUAAGGAAUUAACUUCAGCAGAAAUGCGCAGGUUAAACGACAACUAGGAUUGCUUCAAUUUAGGUUCGGGAGGUCUUAUAAAAGGGGGGAAAAGUUGAAGAGCAAACAGUGAGCUGUGUGGGAGGAAGAAUAAAAAAAUGGUGGCAGGUUCAGUGUGAAGCUGGUGUGAGGUGUGACUGCUACAAUCUGCAGAGUGUGUAAGAAGAGUCCAGUUUGGUGAACGUAACUUGAGCUCUUUUGUUUGCUGCUACUUAUUGGUUAUGGACUCCACUGAACUGCUGUCUUUGGUGGGCGGGCUUCUCCUGCUGUCAAUCAUCUUCGCGACCAGCCUUUGUACAUAUUGCUGGGGACAUAAACAACCGACAUCUAUCCCUCAGAGGCCCAGUGACUACAGUUCAGAAUACAACUCACAAUCCUCAGCAUUUGGGUUACGGCAUCCCCAUUCGACAUAUGCACCCCAUCCGGAUCACAGAAUCACCGGCAUACCUUACCCAAUACACCCUUCACUGAGCUCUCCAUCUAUUACCAUCACAAAAGUUCCCUCCUGUCCUCCUUCAGAAACUGAAAGUCAAGCCAGUUAUGUGAAUCAAAGUGAUCCCUCUCCUCUAGAAAAUGAAAAUGAGCUGAAUAUACAUCCUCCAAGUGACUACAUAGUUGUUCUUCCAGAUUCUCCCACCGCACAGUUGCAGGAACGCAGCCGAGCUUCAUCCCAGAGCUCAGGAGGAGACAAUUAUAUCAACAUAAUUUCAAAAGACGGGAAUGUAUCUGUGGAUACAUUUGACUGUGAUGACAACUCAGAUAUAGAAUCAGAAGGUCAAGAUUAUGAAAACUUUCCAAAAUCUGCAGAGCACUGUGGUCUGUCCCGUGAAAGUCUAAGCAGUGAUGGAGGAGGCAGCGCUGAAUAUGUCAACACUGGAAAUGUAUGUCUCGGUGGGACGCAGCCUGAUGACUGAAUUCCAGUUCCAACUGGGUUUGCUUUUCAUCAAGUGGCUUAGAGUGUCAAGAGUCCUGAAGAUCCACCUGACUGACUGACACCUGGAUAUAUAAAGUGAAAACAAAAGCACCGUCACUUCACAGAAAACUCCAUAUUUCACUUCCUCAAUCCUUCUGACUAAAUUGCUGACGAUACCUGAGAAUGUUUUAUAGUUGUUGUUGUUUUUAAGAUUUGCAGUUUACAGUGUACCACAUCCAGUCUUCACUUCUAAUAAUAAGAGCACACGAGAAAUGUUUGACUCCGCCAUGUAAAAUACAGCUUUUUAUGCCAUAAAUGUAAUUAAAGUUUGUUAUUGGUUUGUAAAUGAGGAAAUAAACAUUUUAAUA